AUGAUCACAAAAUAUUUCACAAAGGUAGUUGUCAGAUUCAAUCCACUCGGCAAAGAAGCUAAGAGCGCCCGCCUACUGCUGUGUGCUAUCCCCCCCGCGCAAAGAACAAGCGGAACAUCGAUACAAAAUGAAUUGCUAGUGAAUGGCUCAUCUAAAUCUCCGAUUGUGAAAAUUACAUUUAAGGAUAAAACAGAGAUGGAAGCUGAUCCCUCUAGCAUGACAUUCAAAGAACUAGGCAACUAUUUUGAUAGACACUCCCGUAAACUCAGUCUCAAAGAGAGCAUCGAAUCCCAGUAG